AUGGCUUCCAGCCCGCUGCCGGGGCCCAACGACAUCCUGCUGGCAUCGCCGUCGAGCGCCUUCCAGCCCGACGCGCUGAGCCAGCCGCGGCCGGGCCACGCCAACCUGAAACCCAACCAGGUGGGCCAGGUGAUCCUCUACGGCAUUCCCAUCGUGUCGUUGGUGAUCGACGGGCAGGAGCGCCUAUGCCUGGCGCAGAUCUCCAACACCCUCCUCAAGAACUUCAGCUACAACGAGAUUCACAACCGCCGCGUGGCGCUGGGCAUCACGUGCGUGCAGUGCACGCCGGUGCAGCUGGAGAUUCUGCGACGCGCCGGGGCCAUGCCCAUCUCAUCGCGCCGCUGCGGCAUGAUCACUAAGCGUGAGGCUGAGCGUUUGUGCAAGUCGUUCCUAGGCGAAAACAGGCCCCCCAAGCUGCCUGACAACUUCGCCUUCGACGUUUCGCACGAAUGCGCCUGGGGCUGCCGUGGCAGCUUCAUCCCUGCGCGCUACAACAGCUCCCGCGCCAAGUGCAUCAAAUGCAGCUACUGCAACAUGUACUUCUCGCCCAACAAGUUCAUCUUCCACUCCCACCGUACGCCCGACGCCAAGUACACGCAGCCGGACGCAGCCAACUUCAAUUCGUGGCGCCGUCACCUCAAGCUCACUGACAAGAGCCCCCAGGACGAGCUAGUCUUCGCCUGGGAGGACGUCAAGGCCAUGUUCAACGGCGGGAGCCGAAAGCGCGCGCUGCCCCAGCCGGGCGCGCAUCCCGCCUGCCACCCGCUCAGCUCGGUCAAGGCGGCCGCUGUGGCAGCGGCUGCGGCGGUGGCGGGAGGUGGGGGACUGCUGGGCCCGCACCUGCUGGGGGCGCCCCCGCCGCCGCCGCCGCCACCUCUGGCCGAGUUGGCGGGCGCGCCGCACGCGCAUCACAAGAGGCCGCGCUUCGAAGACGACGACGGCCCCGCCCCCAGCCUGUCGGUGGCCGCGGCCUCCGGCGGCGCCGGAACGAGCGGGGGGGGCGCGGGGGGCGGCUGCGUGACGGGCGUUGGCGCCGGCGCGGGCGCGGCGGCUGGCGCCAAAGGGCCACGCAGCUAUCCGGUCAUCCCGGUGCCCAGCAAGGGCUCGUUCGGGGGCGUGCUGCAGAAGUUCCCAGGCUGCGGGGGACUCUUCCCGCAUCCUUACACCUUCCCGGCUGCAGCCGCCGCCUUCGGCUUGUGCCACAAGAAGGAGGACGCGGGCGCCGCGGCCGAGGCCCUGGGGGGUGCGGGCGGCGCGGGCGCGGCGCCCAAGGCCGGCCUGUCGGGCCUCUUCUGGCCCGCGGGCCGCAAAGACGCCUUUUACCCGCCCUUCUGCAUGUUCUGGCCUCCGCGGACCCCGGGCGGACUUCCCGUGCCCACAUACCUACAGCCCCCGCCGCAGCCGCCCUCGGCGCUCGGCUGCGCGCUGGGAGAAAGCCCGGCCCUGCUGCGUCAGGCCUUCCUGGACCUGGCCGAGCCCGGCGGCGCGGGCGGGAGCGCCGAAGCGGCCCCGCCGCCGGGUCAGCCCCCUCCGGUCGUCGCCAACGGCCCGGGCUCCGGCCCGCCGCCUCCUGCGGGCGGCGCGGGCGCUCGCGACGCGCUCUUCGAGUCGCCCCCGGGCGGCAGCGGCGGGGACUGCAGUGCGGGCUCCACGCCUCCGGCCGACCCCGGCUCCGUGUCCGGGGCUGGGGCCGCGGCCGCCGGAGCGGUCCCCGUGGGUGCCCGACUGCCCGCGCCCCACCACCCGCACCUCCUAGAGGGGCGCAAAGCCGGCGGAGGCAGCUAUCACCAUUCCAGCGCCUUCCGGCCGGUGGGCGGCAAGGACGACGCCGAGAGCCUGGCCAAACUGCACGGGGCGUCCACGGGCGCGCCACACUCGGCCCAAGCGCAUCACCACCACCAACAACAACAACCGCACCACCACCACCACCACCAUCAUCCCCCGCAGCCGCCGUCGCCGCUGCUGCUGCUGCCCCCGCAGCCCGACGAGCCGGGUUCCGAGCGCCACCACCUGGCCCCGCCGCCGCCGCCGCCGCCCCCUCCCCCGCCGCCUCCGCUGGCCCCGCAGCCGCACCACCGAGGCCUUCUGUCCCCCAGUGGCACCAGCUGCAGCUACCCCAGCGAGGACAGCUCCGAGGACGAGGAUGACGAGGAAGAAGAGCAGGAGGUGGACGUGGAGGGCCACAAGCCCCCCGAGGGCGAGGAAGAGGAGGAGGAAAGUCGAGACCCCGAGGACGACGAGGAGGAAGACGAGGAGACAGGGGUCCUGCUAGGGGACCCUUUAGUCGGGGGAGGCCGAUUCCUCCAGGGCAGAGGGCUGUCGGAGAAGGGGAGCAGCCGGGACCGCCCGCCGGCCGCCGCGGGCACUUUCCCACUGGCCCUGAACUCCUCCAGGCUGCUGCAGGAGGACAGGAAACUGGGUGAUCCCGGCGGCUCGGACCUGCCCCCGCCCCCGCCGCUGGCCUCCCAGAAAUCAAGCAGCGGCCUUAGCAGCAGCCCGGGCAGCCCGGUCCACCAUCCAUCACUGGAGGAGCAGCCCUCCUACAAAGAUAAUCAGAAAACUAAGGAAAAUAACCAAGUUAUUUUAUCUACAAAGGAUGAAAACAACUUUUCAGAUAAGAACAAGGAGCAUAGCUUUUUCAUCACAGACUCUGAUGCUUCCGGAGGAGAUUUUUGGAGAGAAAGAUCAGGUGAACACACACAAGAGACAAAUUCAUCUCAUUCACUCAGAAAGGAUGUAGAAAAUAUGGGGAAAGAAGAACUUCAGAAGGUUUUAUUUGAACAAAUAGAUUUGCGGAGACGACUAGAACAAGAAUUCCAGGUGUUAAAAGGAAAUACAUCUUUCCCAGUAUUCAAUAAUUUUCAGGAUCAAAUGAAAAGGGAACUAGCCUACCGAGAAGAAAUGGUGCAACAGUUACAAAUUAUUCCCUAUGCAGCAAGCUUGAUCAGGAAAGAAAAGCUAGGUGCCCAUCUCAGCAAAAGCUAA